AUGUCGUUUUCAGAAGUCGAAAGGACUAUAAAUCCGACAUGUAUGGGAACUUCGGUGUGUGCCAUCACAUUUGAAGGUGGCGUUGCUGUUAUGUCUGAUCGUCUUGUUUCAUACGGUAAAAUGGCUCGAUACCGACACGUUACUCGUCAGUAUCGUGUUAAUAAUCGUGUCGUUAUUGCUUUUGGUGGUGAUCAUGCUGAUUUCCAGUGGUUACAGAAUGUCAUAGAAAGACAAACAUGUGUGCUGAAAUCACAUGAUCCUACUGCUGAUUUGAGUCCAAAAAUGUUACAUGGUUAUCUUACAUCGUUAUUGUAUCACCGUCGUACGCGAAUGAAUCCACUAUGGAACACAUUGGUAGUUGUUGGAAUGCAAAAGAUGAAUGACCAGCUUGAGCCUUUUAUUGGAGUUAUCACUUCUAGAGGUGUGGCAUAUAGAACAAAAAGUGUUGCUACUGGAAUGGGUGCAAUGCUAUUGAAUCAAGUCAUUGAAACUGAGCAAUCAAAGACUAAUGGAAAACUCUCUAAAGAUCAGGCAGUUGAAGUCCUACGUAAAAGUCUAGAACUGAGCAUUUAUCACGACUGUGUUGCUGACAAUGAAUUUGAAAUUUCAAUUGUUGACAAAGAUGGUGUUCAGUUGGGGAAACCAGAGGUCGUUGUUGGAAACUGGGACAUUGCCGAAUACAACUGUGAUUAUCAGUGA